AUGGCUUCGGCUCAAUCUGUGCUCACAUUUGCUGUUUGUAUCUUAUUAAUAUCUGAAGUUAUAUUGGCAAAAAAGACUUACUAUGAUAUUUUGGGGGUCCCAAAAAAUGCUUCAGAGCGACAGAUCAAGAAAGCUUUCCACAAGCUUGCAAUGAAGUAUCAUCCUGAUAAAAAUAAAAGCCCUGAUGCAGAGGCUAAAUUUCGAGAAAUAGCUGAAGCAUAUGAGACCCUUUCUGAUGAAAAUAAACGGAAGGAGUAUGACCAAUUUGGCCAUGAUGCCUUUACAAAUGGUGGAAGAGGAGGAGGCGGCGGCAGCAAUGAAAAGUAUUUCCACCAGAAUUUCAAUUUUGAAGACCUCCUCAAAGAAUUUGACUUUUUCGGAGAGAGUCAGCACACUAGAUCAAAAAGACACUUUGAAAACCACCAUUUUAGGAGCCACCAGGAUCCUUCUAGCAGGCACAGGCGUCACUUUGAUGACUUUGCAUUCAGCGGAGGUUUAUUUAAUGACAUGUUUGAAGAUAUGGAAAAAAUGUUUACAUUUGGUAGCUUUGGGGAUGCACCACGGCACAAUAUAAGAACUGAGCAGAGGUUUCGGGGGUCCAGCAAGCAUUGUAGAACUGUCACUCAGCGAAGAGGAAAUAUGGUUACAACAUACACAGAUUGUUCAGGGCAGUGA